AUGCCAUUACAAUAUAGUGCGGCCAAAACAUCUAUUGCAUCAAAAAGAAAUAGUUUGUCAAAAUCACCAAUUAAAAAAUUUCAGAAAGAUGCAAAGAAACUAUUACCUAGUCAAAAAUUAUAUAAUCAGAAUUUGACCAAUAACAUCAAAAAAACGGGAUCUCCUUCACCACCUGUAUCACCAAGUAAAAAAGAUGAUCGUGAAAAGUUAGAGGUGAAAGAUUAUAAUAUACAAUUAGAUUAUCAAAUCAAUAGUGGUAAUGAUGAUAUUAUAGUUGCUAUUGACACGGUCUUACAAAAUAGAUGGUCAGAUGAAACUUAUUUACAUGAUAAAUUUGAUUUAAAUUAUUUAAAGAAAUUAGAGCUAGAGGAAAGAAUAUUCAAAAUUAAAGGAUUAUCUAACGUAACUAGAUCAGAUAUUAUAAAAUAUAGAACUCAAGUAAUACCUAAUGGAUUAAUUACAACUACGCAACUUUAUUCAAUAUUCAGUAAACAAGGUCAUACAUUUGUUGAUAAAUUACUAGAGUUGAAUAUUAGGAAAGGUUCAAUUAGGAAAUUCAUUAUAAGUAAUGCAUCACCAAUAAUUUCAAGAUCAUUAAAUAAUUUUCAACUGAGUAAAGUAACUUAUGGAUUUGAGAAUGUAGAGCUAGUGGUCAAGAAUAAUGUUUUUUACGAUCAAAUAAACAAGACAUUAAUUAGUUUAGAUACUACUGAUCCAAAAGAAUUAGAGAAAAAACAAGUGCUCACAAAAUUCUUUAAUUUCAUAAAACAAAAUCCAACUAACCUAUUCGUCUCAUCAGGUGAAUUCACAAAUGCAGAAAUUUCAACUUUGGUUCAAAUGGGAUACAUAACACUUAACUCAAAUCAUUUCAACGAAAUAGAAAAUAAUUUCGCAAUAUCUUUUCCCAAUUGUGGUAUAUUUCUAAAACUAAUAAACGAAGGUAGAGUAUGGUUAGUCAAAUGUUUAAAUAAAACUAAACAUAAAGAGUUGUUAGAAGACGAAAUAUUCAAUAAAUGGUCAGGAAAAGUAAAUAGUAGUUAUAAUCAGAACAAUCCUCAGCUAGGUUUUGAUGUAUUGAAGUUGAAUAAUUUUAAAAAGCCAUUCUUUGGGUAUGAUUUGAACUGGGUAUUAGCUGAUGCUUUAGGUGCUGGUAUAAUUGAAGUUUUUAAUACUCCUGUGGGGAGAGGUUGGAGAUUAACUGGUAAAGUUUAA